GAAAAGCAGCCUACCCCACAAAGGACCCUUCAGGAAUGAAGCAGCUUUUCAGGUUCACAGGCGCUGUGGGCUUGCUUGCUCUCCUUAAAUAGCCAAGCCUCCCUCCUGCAGCUACAAGGAGUCUACCUGGAGCACCUUCCACUGCUGGCUCACGGGCUGCCUGCUUCCUGUCCUUUCCCUCCUGGGUCCUCUGUGAGAGCUCUGUUCCCUGUUCUGCCUUUAGCCACACCAUGAAUGGUCUGGAGGCAGCCCUCCCGAGUCUGCCGGACAACUCCUCCCUGGCUUACUCUGAGCAAUGUGGACAGGAGACCCCCCUCGAGAACAUGCUUUUCGCUUGCUUCUACCUUCUGGAUUUCAUCCUAGCUUUUGUGGGCAAUUCUCUGGCCCUGUGGCUCUUCAUAUGGGACCAGAAGUCAGGGACCCCGGCCAACGUGUUCCUGAUGCACCUGGCGGUGGCCGACUUAUCCUGUGUACUGGUCCUGCCCACUAGGCUGGUUUAUCACUUCUCUGGGAAUCACUGGCCAUUUGGGGAAAUCCCGUGCCGACUCACUGGCUUCCUCUUCUACCUCAAUAUGUAUGCCAGCAUCUACUUCCUCACCUGCAUCAGCGCUGAUCGCUUCCUGGCCAUCGUGCACCCUGUCAAGUCCCUCAAGCUUCGGCGACCUCUCUAUGCCCACCUGGCCUGUGCCUUCCUGUGGGUGGUGGUUGCUGUGGCUAUGGCCCCAUUGCUGGUCAGCCCACAGACUGUGCAGACCAACCACACAGUUGUCUGCCUGCAACUGUACCGGGAGAAGGCCUCCCACCACGCCCUGGCAUCCCUGGCUGUGGCUUUCACCUUCCCCUUCAUCACCACAGUCACCUGCUACCUGCUGAUCAUUCGCAGCCUGCGCCAGGGUCCCCGCAUAGAGAAGCAUCUCAAGAACAAAGCCGUCCGCAUGAUUGCUAUGGUUCUGGCCAUCUUCCUCAUCUGUUUUGUGCCCUACCACGUCCACCGUUCCGUCUAUGUGCUUCACUACCGCGGCGGGGGGACUUCAUGCACCGCUCAGCGUGCCCUGGCCCUAGGCAACCGGAUCACCUCCUGUCUCACAAGCCUCAACGGGGCCCUGGACCCUGUCAUGUACUUCUUCGUGGCCGAGAAGUUCCGCCAUGCCUUGUGCAACUUGCUUUGCAGCAAACGGCUCACGGGCCCCCCUCCCAGCUUUGAAGGAAAGACCAACGAGAGCUCCCUAAGUGCCCGAUCCGAGCUGUGAGCCCUGAGCUGUAAGCCUCCAGGACGUCUUGUCCCUAGGCCAGCUGUCAGAGAACCAGCUCUCCACUGGGGCACAUGCUGCCAGGGCCAGCUAAAGACCUCUGUCUUCCCUCUCCACUUCCUGAGCAAACCAACUGAAAUGUCAGCAGUUCGUGCCCUGCUCCAAGGUCUUCACUGUAAGGCCAUCCAGUCUGAGCAAAGGCAUCAAGAGGGAGGGCCAACUAGCUAGGUACAGGAUGCCCUGCGCACCCUUCCACAGGGACUCGGUUGGCCUGCCUUAUUUACAGCUCCCAGACACCCAGUGACUUCACUGGUGCUAAAUAGAGAAGAGCCACAGAUACAUUUCUGGAACAAUGGGAAUCUUUCUUCCCCGCUAAACUGUCAGCUUCUUUCAUAUACAGAUGCCCACAGCAACAAAGCCCUACAGAAUAACCCAGAAAGCAAGCUGCCCGGGACCCAGAAAGAGCGGCAGCACAAAUCUCAAUGGAACACGAGGAGUGUCGGAUACUUCCUUUGAAGUGCAUGGUAUAUCGUGUAUCCCUUGCCAGCCUUGGGAGAUGACCUCUUUCUGAGUUCAGGGGACACAGACUCUAUGUGAGUCACACAUGAGUACAUUUCAGACUGGUGGCGUGUGAGCCCAGCAAACACAGCUCUGGACCCCCCUGCUAUAACCAUGUUCCCACGCCUGCUUCUAGCCUGACAAUGUCUAGAGUUUCUCAUUAGAAGGUGGCCUGGUCAUGCAUAUGGCAUAGAUGGACAGCCAUUAGAGCCCACUAGAGGCAGGAGCGCGGUGUGUGAACCUGUCUCCAUCUCACUCAAGCCCAGAAGGGGCAUCCCCACUCCCUCCCAAGAGGCUUCUACCAGCCUCGGCUGCCUGGCUUUGAACUGUUGAACUUGUCAGCAUGUGUUGGACACUCUAAUGUAUCCUUUUUUUUUUGUACUUGUUUGUAUUACUCUUAAACAUAAUCGAGCCUUAAGGUGAAGGAGAUUAUUGUGCUAGUUCAACAUGACACAUAUGUCCUCCCCUGGGAUUCUCUCCCCUUCCAGCCAAGAAUGACCAAGCAAGGCAAUGCUUCCCUUUAUUGUGGUUCUGGUGGCCCAGGCAGACCUGAAGCUAUGCAUCAUGGGGCUCCACAUGCCGUUCUAGGUUAGAAGGACUCUCGGUCUUAACCCUACAACCACCAUCAAUAGAAAACCCUAUAUUCUUCUUUUACAUUUUGUCUUCCAAAGCAUGGGGUGGUGGCCCGUGCACGGCUCAUCUCAGAAAGAGCACAGCCCAGACUGUUGCCCCUGAUGCCCAGCAUUGCUUCUCACCAGUACAGGUCUGUUCACCAUUGUGGUCCCUUACCAAGACAGCCUGCUGAAUACAAUACCAUACCAGUCUUUCAGAUGCCAGGACCAGCGAGAGGUCAUGUGCCUCUCCAGCGGCAUAGCAAAGGGACAAGAUCACUGUAGGUUGAGACAAAAGUGACAGAAGGGCUUUGACAGAGACCCAAGUACCCAGACAGGAAGAGCAUUCUUGUGGGAAGCUGGAGGGUCUCUGGAAUGCCUUUUCUGGCACAGGGCACGCAGAAACAGACUUGGGUCAGAGGAAGAGGAUCUUGCAGCUCUAUUUGGGUCCUGUUGUGUUAGAAUCUCAAAUGGAGAUGCCACACAGACAGGGGCAUUGAGCAAAGGAGAGACCUGGAGGAGGCCCCUGGAUUGUCUAGAUGUGCCAUUGAGAGACCCAAAACUUCAAGGGCAGGUAUGGACGUGGGCCCAAAGAACACCCCUGUGCAGAGAGAGGCUGGAGGAAGCUAGCACAGAACAGAGGUCUCACUGGGAAAGGAGAUGGUUUAGGAAUGAGGGCCUUGCUGUGAGGCCACUGAAGGCCAAGGAGAGGACCUGAUGCCCCCCGGUCUUGACCUGAGAUAAAGAGAAGGUCAACAGCUAUGCUCAGGACUUCAGGGCACAGAGGUGUUGCUGGAAGCUUCCCCUAAAGCUUUCCCACGCAGGUGGGAGAUGAGGUCAUGGCUAAAGGAGAGGUAUAGAACCCACAGUGAGGGAGGCAAGGGUGGGAAGAAAGAACAAGGCUUCUUGGAAGGAGAACAGCCAGAGUACCAAUAAGGCUUACGUUUCUGAAUUUGGGUAACUUGGGCAACUUGGUUAAGGGCUAUCUGUCCAACAUCCUCCAGCCAUGUGCGUACAGGAGGGAAGGCAGACAACUGGGGUCAGCACGGUGAGGUAGCAGCAGGUGGGGUGUCAGGGGUAAUAGGGAUUUGUCAACUGAAAACUCAUCAUCCAUCCAUAUCCACUCAAGACCCUUCACCCCAAAGGAACACCCCUUACCCAGAGGCAGCCCUGUCUAUCCUCCCUCUGCCACCCCCAUCCUGAUCCGUGCCCUCGGGAUUGUGUUCUCCGUCUAGUAGGGGUGGGACAAGGUCCACAGCCAGAUCAGUACAGGGUGCUGCAGUGCCUGGAAGGUGCCUGGUAUUUGGCCGGACCAUGUCUCCUAGAGUGGGGACAAGAGACCCUCCUCUCUGCCCACAACUGCAGCAUCCUCACCUGCCUGCGUUCUUCACAAAGCCCAAGUCAGCCAGCUCCACGUCACACAGCUCACAGCGGAAGCAGCCUGGAUGCCAGUUGGUGUUCAUGGCCUUGAUCACGCGUCCAAUGACAAACUCACCUGGAAGAGGAGAGAUCUCAGUUGUCAGUCAGGGCACACUCACCCUUUGGCACCUCCCAAGUCCUAUGUGCCUGGGGCUCCUCCCAGUUCAGCCUUGUCCAAACACCCCUCUUGUAAGGACCUGAAGAGCAAUGCUCAGAAAAAGACAGAGGGAGGUGAUAGGUAAAAGUCCCCAGGCUAAGUAGUGUGCCAGUCUUGCCUGUUCCCUACUUGUCCCCUCCCCACUUCCUAGGUGCUGCCACCAGCUCUUACCACAGAAUCCGCAGCAUGGAGCAAACAGCAUUUGGAAGUCAUGUUCGCAGUACUUCCGGCCCUCAAACUGCAAACGGGACCACAGACAAAAGACAAGCAAGUCAUUCCUCAUCCCCACAAUCCCUUGUUCCUAAUAAAUACCAGUGGCCUGGGGUCUGAAGAAGAGAGCCUUCUAGAGCUAGCUGGAGCAGGGGACUAGCCAUGCAGUUUAGCAGAGUGCAAAUUGAGGGUUUCACAGAGAUGCUGAGGGUCCACGGUCAGCUCUUGGGGAUUCUGCUAUCUGCCGAGGACCCGAGGAUCCUGACAAUAGGCCAAGCUGAGAUGGGAGCUGGGGCUGGGGAAGAACGGGUCAAAUCUGAGUUCCAUGUGCCACUUUGCCCUGCAUGUCUGACCAGAUCAGUGUCCCCAGAAACUACAGAAGACCCAUGGAAGGAAGAGGGGAGAAAGAGAGCACAGGAAGGGCCUGGGGAGCUGGCCUGACAAAGCAAAGGCCCCGAGUGCUGCGGUCAGCCACUGUCAUGUAUUGUCCCAAGCAUGACCAAAGCUUGUCUCUGCUUUCCGCUCUCUUAACAAUUUGCUUUCUUUAAAAAAAAAAAAAUGGGGGCUGUAGCUCAGUUUGUAGGAAGCCCUUGUUUUGGGUCACAGAGCUGCAUAAAUGGGGAGUAGCAGUGCCCUUGGGAGAUGGAGGCAGGAGGCAGCAGAAGUUCAAAGUCACCCUCUGUAAGUUUCUUCUAAAGCAACAAAGCAGCUCUCCCCAGUGAGCCAGAGAGGCUACAGAGGCUUGGAUUUCCUCAGCGGCAAUAUCUCCCAAACACCCACUAUGUGCUUUGCUUGGCUCUGGUCUAAAACCCCUCACAGAGAUCUCUCCAGCCCUCUGCUGCCUCUACAGCCAGCCAGCGUCUCUCAGGAGCCUGGAGAGCAACAGGAGAUUUUCAUCUGGCAUGCGGGCCACAUACCCACAUCAUCAACCAAUGAUGCCUAGCCUCCCGCCCCCGGAAGAAACACGGCGCUCUCUGAGCUCUGGUCCUGCCCCCUCCACUGCAGCCAAGUGGAGCAGUGCAGUCAGUGUUUAACCAACUCUGGCAGAAGGCAACAGAGGCCCUGACUCUGGGUCUGCCAGAUGCUGUGGCGUAGAUCUUACUGCCAGGCUAGUACCAUGCCGACAUCACAAAUAGCACCACAUAGGCAGAAAUAAUUUCAGACGCAUACAUGACUUGAAAGUCUAAUGAAAUAAUGAGUAGGACAUUUUAUGUGUUUGUUAUCUUCAUUUUUAAUAAAGUACUAUACC